AUGGAACGAACGUUGGCCAAAAGUGCAUGUCAAGGUAAGACAAGAAGCUUAGCUUUACUUUAAUUUGGAGUGAGUGUACCGUCCCAUAAUAUCCUUCUUCUUCGUCAUGUAUCUUCCGUUGUUCAUGCCGCACACUCGUUUUCUCGAUCACCUCAGGUGUUCGGAUCGUUUACCCCCUGGAACCAGAUGGUAACCUUCGGGGCUCGGCCACCCUUGUUACCCAACGCAGACGAGAGGCCACAUCAUAUGAAAACCCUGAUGAAUCGUAAGCACGGCCCACGGUGAUCAUGCAAAGUCUGGAACGAGCUCUGAAGAAAUGGAUGACUCAGGAAACACCUAGCCGAAUCCUGAGGCGUUCUGCCACUCCGAGAAAACUCGGUAGAUUCCCGGCAACUCAGGGUCGUUAAGAUACAAAUGAACAUUGAAAGGGCACUUCUUUAAGCGUGCAAAGGUAUAACAUUAUUAUGUAAUACACCACCGAUCAAGCUACCCCCAAAGGCAUUCUAAACGUCUCACUUCUGUUGUGGUUUGUCACUUUUACAGCUGCUGUCUGACUGUUCUGACCAUCGUUCAUCGCCGCAAAGAUGGGCACGCUUAACCCCCGAGUAUAAGGCAUCCUUACAGAAGUUCUUGUUGUGGUGGUUUCUGUCUGGGAGGGGCCAAUACAAUGGUCAGUCCUCCAUACCUGACAGAGGAGACGUGUUUCACUCCUCAAUGACAAAAAUAAAAAGAAGUAUAGAAGCAUCUUGGUUUUUUUGUUGAUUUGUUUUAUUUUUAUUGUGUGCGUCAUGUAUCAGUUAUAUAUAGGCCUAGACGAAUUGCAACUUAAGCAUGGCGAAUAUAAUAGACAACUUUAAAGGUUUCCAAUGUUUUUUAUAUAUGAUGUUAGAUUUAAACAAUUUAUAAUAAACAUUAGCCAACAUGAAAAGUUGGUGAUGGAUGCACAUUGUAUAACCAGCCUACAGAGGUUGACCCGGCUCUGAACUUGUAUACUGUUGCUGGCUGCUGUAAAACACGUCGACACACAUUCAUAUGACUAUUAACACAUUUAAAAAGGUACCAAAAAACAAAAACUUGAAGUGACCAUGUUUAUUGCCUAAUUAAGAACAAGGGGUCAUAAAAAACAAACAUCAAGAUCAUGGAGGAUAUGGCAAUUUCAUUUAAAAAACCCCACCCAAUAUAUAUAUAAUUAUUGUCGUUUGAGUCUUAAACAGUUAAUCAGCAUUUGUCAAAAGUAGUGACACCUGAUAUGACAGAGUUUACUGUAGCUGUGUCCUAUUGACUAUCCAAAGUAAAAAAGAAUUCCAAAAUGUUGAAUCCACUGUCAGAUUGUUUUCCGUGUGUUUGAUUGCCUUGACCUCCACUUGUUUUACAGUUAGCAAAAGCUAGUCUUGUUUGCCUUUUCUCUAGGCAGGCAAACUGCAACCCAGCCUUCUCAUAACCUCUCCGUGUUGCCUGGCACAUAGUCCCCGGUCCAUUUUUCCGUAUUAUAAGGGGUGCCACCGAUUCACGUUUCCACACACCCAGACAACCCUACACCCUGAGCCGAAUCAUUACCAGUGCCUCUCCGACACAUAUGCACCCCCCGCAAACCGGUCACCCCCUGUUCCUGUCCCCCCUUUCCCUUUUGAAGCCGAUAGGCGCACCCCCCCCCCACCCUCCCCAGCUCACCGAUCCGCAAAUCGGGGUGUCAGAAUAUAAAAUGGCACCCACCCCCUACUCAGCCGUAGCCUUCUCACACCACCCCAACUAAAGUAGGCCCACAAGCAUCCAUGCAGAAACACUCUUCUAUGCGCACGUACACAACGCCUCACCAUAUGCCCCCCCCCUCCUACUACCAAUCUCCUCUUUACAUAGAAAAGCAGUCCAAUAGCAUGAAAACAUAAGGUCUCGCCAGUGUGCGCCACAUCUCCACCCCCGAACAUCAGCUGACUCUCACACCUCCACUCACAUAUCCCAACGCGAACAUUCGCCCCCAUCGAUCAGGAAACGCAAGCCAACCUAUAAUACUUUUGAUGCCCACAUACAUAACACCACUGACAUGACAAAGAAAGUGACAUCCAAUUUCUCAUGCCCCUAUAGCGCAACUUUUAUCAGGUUAUUCAUUCUCCGAAAUCAUUGUAUAUCGUUGAGAAACAUACGACGAAAUGGUGGUGUCAUUCUGUCUCGCACCACCAACCAGAAUGCUAAAUAUCAAGUCACAACAAGUCAUUGAGGCACUAUUUUAUAACGUAUAGAAAUUGAGUUGCAAGUAGGAUUUAUUUGAAUAAGAAACAGCCCACCCCGUUGUCAUAUUUACUCAUUGUCAAAUAGAAAGCAAUAUUUUCAUUCAUCAUGUUGGAAACACUAAUCAUACAUGCCAUACUAUAUCCAUACAAACCAUCAUACCCUGUUCAUCGUAAGACAUGAGUCCCUCUUUUCAAGAUAAGGGACGUUUUUAGAGAAAUUGUUUCUCAGGCUAUAUUUUAUCUCCGAUAGAUAUGGCGGCCAUCUGCCAGCAUUGGUUUGACUCUUAGAAGUCCUAUUGCAAACGCAUAUAUAUUUGCUGGUGCUACAUUAUAGCCGAAAAAGAGAUAACACAAGACAACACCCCUAAAAUUCACAGAAAUCGAUUGCUCUAUUCUAACUAUAUUUUACUCAAUUAUCUCUCAUAGCCAAUGAAAACCAAGGUAGAGGUGGGGUUGGUGAAAUGUCUUGAACAUAAAAGAGGUGUCAGGGUCGUCUAAAUUCAGACCCUUCUACCAAGCUUAAUUUACCCCUCUGAAUAGCUUGUGUGGUACAAACAAGAGCCUUUAGUCAACUAAUGAGCCUGUCAGCUAAGAAAAAUUAAUCGUCAAGGACUUCUGAGAAGGUCCUCCACCCAGGUUCUCCGAGGAUAGGCGCCCGAGGGCUGAGGCUCUCGCCAGGGUGUAAAGAUGUGCAAGAGGGACUUUAUCAUCAGCGUAGGCGUACUGCAUAAUUGAUGGAUGGAAAUGCAUCCUUAUUAAGUAACAAAAAUGUUAUUGAUACUGAGUAUUAUAUGAUCGGACAGACCAUUACCACUAAACCAAUCAUUUCUCUCUUUCCUCCAUUCAGGCUGAUCGUGGGUUUGUCCCCCCAGACCAAGUCCUACUUCCCCCACUGGAAGGACCUAGCCCCAAAGGCGCUCCGGUUUUAGGAAGCACGGCAUCACCGUCAUGGGUGGCGUGUACGAGGCCGUGAGCAAGAUCGAUGACCUAGCUGGUGGCCCCUGACCUGAGCGAGUGCACCCCUUCAUGCUUAGAGUUGACCCCGUCAACUUCAAAGUAAUUACACCACAACAUAGCCAAUGUUCCAUAAUGCGCUAUAGGCGUAUGGGCAAUGUAGUAGUAGCCUAUGCCUAUUCUAAGCGUUUGCAGAAGGCCCCAUUGCACUUUUUUCAGGAUAAUCAAAGUACUGACUCUUAGCUCGUUUGUCCCUCGUCAGAUCCGUCCCACUGCAUCCUGGUGGUUUUGUCCAUGCUGUUCGCCGAGGAGUUCACCCCUCAGAUUUAUGUUGCCGUGGACAAGUUCUUGGCCCUCCUGGCCCUGGCUCUGUCCGAGAAGUACCCCUAA